CGCGUCGCGCCAUGGUUGCUGCGAGCAGCAUCGGCGUCGGCGUCGUCGUCGCGGUGGCCGUCCUCGUCGCCGGCGAAAGCGGCCGCCACCAGACUGUACACGCAGCGGCUAAAGGCAGCCUCCGGCGCUCGGUCCAGUUCGCCUUCCGCCGUCGCACGGUUAAGUACGUGACCGUCAGUGCCGGUGGCGUCGCGACGCACGUCGUUUCGUAUCACUACGUACCCGCGUAUCCGUCGACGACGUAUCGCCGUCUCGUGGAGCUGAAACCACGCGGGUGAUGCAUGGGCCGUACGCGUGAUAAGUUCCGAACAUUCCGUCUCCAGAAUUUGUAGUCGAUGGAAGGGUGACGAAACCCUUUUCCGUUACGAACGUUAAGGACGUUGAACCGACAACUUGGAAACGAAGGAAAAGGUGCGAGGAAACGACAGGGUGAAGAAUCUCUCCAUGAGAAAGUAGUGAUAGUCUCUUUGGAUCAAGUCCGUGGAUCGACGACAUCGACCUGGCCCAAAAAGCUGCGGGCUGAUUAGGCAAAUUGAUAUGUCCUCGUAUCUAUCGGUGAAGCUUAACGAUCAUUGGAUCCGGAUGUGAUCACAGGAUGUGUACGAAUAAUACUGCGGAAUGGUUUCCGCGGAGAUCGAACGAUUCCCAUUACCUGCAAGUGUAACCGAGUUCUACUAGCAGUGGCGUAAGUUCCUUCGGGAGAACAAAGAGAAAACGAAGGAGCGAGGAAGAGAGAGACUGACAGACAGACAGAGAGGAAGAAAGGGGCUGCAGGCAGCGGUGGUGGCGACGACGGAGGGCGCAGGAGGAGACGGCGGGGUGAACCGGAACCGGAAAUGGCUGCGAGGUGGCUGCUACUGCUGCUGGCGCUCCUCGCCGCCCACGCCGCGGCUCUUCCUGAUUUCAUUAGGAUAGGAGGGCUGUUUCAUCCGUCGGACGACAAGCAGGAAGUGGCCUUUCGCUACGCUGCGGAGAAGAUCAACGCCAACCGGGACAUCCUGCCCAAGUCUCGCCUCAGCGCCCAGGUCGAGGUGAUACAGCCACAGGAUAGUUUCCAUGCUUCGAAACGAGUGUGCCACCUAUUGCGGGGCGGCGUGGCGGCGAUUUUUGGACCACAAAGCGCGCACACGGCGUCUCACGUGCAAAGCAUUUGCGACACCAUGGAAAUUCCGCACUUGGAGACGCGCUGGGACUACCGGCUCAGACGGCAGAGCUGCCUCGUCAACCUCUAUCCGCAUCCCACCACUUUGUCCAAGGCGUACGUCGAUCUGGUGAAGGCCUGGGGCUGGAAGAGUUUCACCAUUAUCUACGAGAACAACGAGGGGCUCGUGCGAUUGCAGGAACUUCUGAAAGCGCACGGACCUAGCGAAUUUCCCAUUACGGUUAGACAGCUGAGCGAGGGAUCGGAGUAUCGGCCGCUGCUAAAACAAAUCAAGAAUUCCGCGGAGUCGCAUAUCGUAUUAGACUGCUCUACCGAAAGGAUCUACGACGUGUUGAAACAAGCGCAACAGAUCGGAAUGAUGAGCGACUAUCACAGUUACCUUAUCACUUCACUGGACUUGCAUACCGUCGACUUAGAAGAAUUCAAGCACGGCGGGACCAAUAUCACUGCCUUUCGAUUAGUGGACCCGGAGAAGCCGGAAAUCCAGAAGGUAAUUCAGGACUGGAUCUACGGUGAGAAGCGCUACAAUCGUGAGCUCGACAUGGGACAGAACAGUAAUAAGAACAAUCUCACUACUAUAAAGACUGAAACGUCGUUGCUGUACGACGCCGUCCAUCUCUUCGCUAAGGCGUUACAUGAUCUCGACACGUCCCAACAAAUCGAUAUCAAGCCGUUGUCCUGCGAAUCAACGGACACCUGGCCUCACGGAUAUUCGCUCAUCAAUUACAUGAAAAUCGUGGAGAUGACGGGGCUUACGGGUAUUAUCAAAUUCGAUCAUCAAGGUUUUCGCUCCGAUUUUGUCCUAGACAUCAUCGAGCUGAAUAACAAAGAAGGCUUGAAGAAAAUCGGUACUUGGAAUAGUACUAAAGGUAUCAACUUCACGAGAAGCUACGGCGAGGUUUACACUCAAAUUGUUGAAAACUUGCAGAAUAAGACUUUCAUCGUGACAACUCUACUGAGCUCACCGUACUGUAUGCGGAAGGAUUCGAGCGAGAAGCUCACCGGAAAUGCACAAUUCGAAGGCUACAGCAUCGACUUGAUUUACGAGAUAUCGCGGCUGCUUGGAUUCAAUUAUACGUUCCGGCUUGUGCCGGACGGACGUUACGGCUCGUACAACGCGCAGACGAAGGAAUGGGACGGAAUGAUAAAAGAGCUGAUCGAGCAAAGAGCCGAUCUCGCGAUCGGUGAUCUCACCAUCACGUACGAUCGAGCGCAGGUUGUGGACUUCACGACGCCGUUCAUGCCUUUAGGGAUCAGCAUACUUUACCGCAAACCCAUAAAGCAACCGCCGAAUUUGUUCUCGUUCCUCAGCCCUCUUAGCCUCGACGUUUGGAUCUACAUGGCAACGGCUUAUCUCGGGGUCUCCGUGCUCCUCUUUAUACUAGCCAGAUUUACGCCGUACGAAUGGUACAACCCGCAUCCAUGCAACAAAAAUCCGGAUCGCCUGGAGAAUCGCUUCAAGCUCCUUAACUGCUUGUGGUUCACCAUUGGUUCUCUAAUGCGGCAGGGUUGUGAUAUUUUGCCAAAGUUCAGCCCCUAUGAGUGGGAGAACCCUCAUCCGUGCAACGGGCAGUCCGAGGUCCUCGAGAACGAGUUCACCCUACUGAACUCGCUCUGGUUCACCAUAGGCUCGCUCAUGCAGCAAGGCUCCGAUAUAGCGCCGAAGGCCGUGUCAACUCGCAUGGUCGCUGGUAUGUGGUGGUUCUUCACGCUGAUCAUGAUUUCCUCUUAUACGGCUAAUCUCGCGGCUUUCCUCACCGUCGAGAGAAUGGAUUCCCCGAUCGAGAGCGCCGAAGAUCUCGCUAAGCAGACCAAGAUCAAAUACGGUGCUCUCAAAGGCGGCAGCACGGCGGGCUUCUUCAGGGAUUCCAAUUUCUCGACGUACCAACGCAUGUGGUCCUUCAUGGACUCGGCGAAGCCGUCGGUAUUUACGGGAAGCAACGUUGAGGGUGUGGAGCGAGUGAUCAAGGCGAAAGGCAGUUACGCAUUCCUGAUGGAAUCCACCUCCAUCGAAUACGUAAUCGAGAGGGACUGCGAACUUACUCAAGUCGGCGGUCUCUUAGACUCCAAGGGAUACGGCAUAGCCACGCCGCUAAACUCGCCAUACACGACGGCCAUAAGCGGGGCCAUCCUGAAGCUCCAGGAGGAAGGGAAGCUUCACAUGCUGAAAACGCGCUGGUGGAAGGAGAAACGACGCGGCGGUACCUGCAGAGACGACACCUCGAAGAGCAGCUCGGCGGCGAACGAGCUCGGUCUGGCGAACGUCGGCGGUGUCUUCGUGGUGCUGAUGGGCGGCAUGGGUGUUGCCUGCGUGAUCGCGGUCUGCGAGUUCGUGUGGAAGAGUCGGAAAGUAGCCAUCGAGGAGCGGAAGUCCAUGUGCUCGGAAAUGGCGAGCGAAUUGCGAUACACUUUGGACUGUAGCAACGGAAAUAAAAAGCCGUCGAGGAAGGCGCUUUGUCGACGUCAGGGGCAACAUUCAAGUCUGUCGAUCGUUUUGGAAGAGGGCAAGUACGCGGCAUGCAACAAGUACAGGCACUUCGUUGGAAAAGCACCUCUGACGUGAACAAAGGGACGCCUAGCCGAGCGAAAGGGCCAAGUGAUGAAUUUCUUUGCGAAGUUAAUUGCUUUCUCACGUGCGAAUUAAAACACAAUUGAUCGGUCAAUUCGAAACACGAGCGCAACAGUUUAGAAAACAAAAUAACUAAAAUUAUUUUUAACUGCGAAACCACUUUUAAAUAUAAGAAAAAAAAAAGUGAACUGUCAGAGCGAGAUUCAAUUUUGUCGAGUUUUAAGUCAAACAUACAAAUUUGAUACUACAUCUUCUAAUAGGAAAGAAAAAGGGAAGGCGCUGUCAAGAGCUCUUAUAUGGGAUCCUGUAAAUUCGUUGCGACGGGAAUUGGCGAUGCAAGAAACGAAAAAAGAAACAGGGACUUAAUUCUAAUCGUGUACACGUCUGUCCUUUUUUUACGAAUCACCGUUAAAUAAGAUAGUCCAUCAUCUAGUCCCUCGUAAGAUCUGUUAAGUGUCAUGUGUGCGAGAAAAACGAUCGAAUGAAUAAGAAUGAAAUUGUGUGACUUUCAUGUUAAAGAUGCGUUGUUUGUUAUCACAUAAAGUAUUCUAUUGAAAUCAAUUCAAAUAUUAUUAUCCAUGUACGUAAAUUCGUUCGGAUACGAUGAAACAUAAAUUACACGCAAGUACAACAGCGAUUUCAGAGGUCUCCACGUGAUGUAAAAAAAAUACCGCCAAAGAGGAUUUUUAGUCCAUCUCAAAUCUGCGAGACACCUGAUAUCGCGAAUGGUCAUUUGCACUGUUUUGUAUCGCUAAUCAACGUUUCCUAUGUGUGAUUCGCGAUAAGUAGUUAAAAUUUUUGAACAUACUUUAUCUGAAUUUUAUUCAUACCCUUAGCUGGUCUGACGGGGUCCAUAAGGUCAUGAAAUAUUAUUGAAAUAUUAUUUCAGUAAACUAGACUUAAUUGUCUAAGCUGUUCAAAUUAUCCAGAUGUAGAUAAUAUAUUUCAGACCGCGUUCACGUAAUGCAUUGUCGAUAUUCUAUCUAACGCGAAAGACUGCUGAACUCCCGUAGUAGGAUUGUUUUCAAGGAAUACAUACGUCAUGAUUCUCGCUAAUGUUCAUUCGUCCAAUAACGUUUUCGUUGAAUCGCGUUUAUGCGGACCUUGUGAACCAUGCAGUAUUCAUUUGAGUCUUCCCACUAUAUCGUAAAAAGAGAAAAAUGUGUAAAGGAAAAACGAGCACCGCGAUUCCGAUCUAGUAUUUAAACUCUCGAAACAGAGUGCCGUAUAAAUCAGAGGAUGAAUGCUCGACGCCGUGUUGAAGAGUGUGUGACUUUCUAUAAUAGCUUGUACGCGGAUACUAUUUUAAGAUCGAGCGUAAAAGAGCGAGGAGAAACGUAAAAUACAUUGUGUUUCUUUCUCCUACACCUUCCAUACGGAUUUCGUUAUUCUCGACACAGUUUACCGAAUUCUGAAUACAACCCGUACACAAGUAUACGUACAGACACGCGAUACAUACAUAUACAUACACGUACACAUGCAUAUACACUGUAUCCACUGUAAAUAUCGUCUACUAUUACAUACUUGUUAUAUUUGCGUUCAUAUGUCGCGACAUACGAGUUUGUUAAGAGCCUAUCGCGAUUCUACUUCUUAUAUAAAAUGUAAUGCAAACAUCAACACAUAUUAAACGUGAAUAUAUUAAUCGUCUGUAAAUUCUCAUUCAAA